UUUUUCCGCUAUGGGCGUCUGGUCUCGGUGCGCGUUCGUCGCCGAACGUCAACUAGCUCUGUCAGACUCGCUUGUUGUCGCAGGAGAGCUUUACGGCGUCCGAAGAUUUAGACACUGUGGUCGGUGGUAGCGCUUUGUCGUUUCUCCGCCACCUGGGCUGACGGUUCAGGCCGCAUUUUUCGCCGAAAUCCUCUACGCGUGUCUUAUCGUGAUGCACCGAAAUUUGAUCUUCUUCCAUCAGUAAUACACGCGUUUUAAUUACAUAUACUGGCAAACUUCUCUCUUACUAAUUUCAAUGUUUCUGCGGAAUUCAGCGGCCGCCGCUUGUGUAAGUUAAAUUAUGGGGUUUUACGUGCCAAAACCACUUUCUGAUUGUGAGGCACGCCGUAGUGGAGGACUCCGGAAAUUUCGACCACCUGGGGUUCUUUAACGUGCACCUAAAUCUAAGUACACGGGUGUUUUCGCAUUUCGCCCCCAUCGAAAUGCGGCCGCCGUGGCCGGGAUUCGAUCCCGCGACCUCGUGCUCAGCAGCCUAACACCAUGGCCACUGAGCAACCACGGCGGGUCCGCUUGUGUAAGUGUUCAGAAAUAAUGUAGUCCUGAAAUUUGUUUUUUUUUUUGUUUUUUUGUAAAUGCUCUUCUUGUAGUCGUCGCAAGAUUGUGAGAACUCGCAAAUAUUCAAAUCGAUCAAUCAGCUUGGACUCUAUUUCGUGCAAAAACAAAAGUAUACUCUUAAAAGAAUUAACAGAAAGAGGUCACAGAGCCAAAAGUUGCACGGAAAACCCAUUGGCGUCCACAUGUAGAUGUCAUCAUCGCCGUUACCAACCCGACUGCUCGAUCUCAUGUCCGCACGCUCUCGCCGAAGAAGAAGAAAAUUCCGAAAGCGGACGCCAUGCACCAAGGUGGGCCGACCAGUCGCCUUACGCGAACCCCGACGGGUGCCACAAGCAGGGCUUCUCUGGACUCGAUCGGGACGGGCCCCGGGCCAAGCGUCCCUGCGAUGUCCAGCCACGCGGUCCUCUCGUCGUCGUUCCAGGACCGGGGACACCAAGACGUGGUCAAGGCGCCCCACGAUCUCGACACUGCGCGCCGCUCGCGGGCCUCGUCAGCGGCCAGCAUAUCGGCAGCGCCAGCGGCCUCAGUGGGCCCCCUUCCGACGGCCGAAGCCGAGAGAAGUGUCCGGCUGGGCGUCCGCAAUCUCCAAGGAAGCCCUCUGGGUGCUGGGCAUCGUGGUGGCGCUGUGCCUGCUGCUCGUGGCGCUCGUCUACCUCAACCUGAGCCACAGGGCGGGGAUCAGUAUUCCUCGGCUCCGCCGGCCGCACCUCCAACAAACGCGGCCGGUAACUUCCCUGGCCAGCCUUUCCCAAUCGCCGCGCCUGGCGGCCCGUACGUCCAACAGCCGCAGCUCGUCGAACCUCGUCCCGAGUUGGCUCAGCCCACCGCUCCUGACGAUGUGUACCCUGAACCAGUGCAGCAUAUCGACAGCCCGUAUCCCCUGGCGGUUCAGCGCGUCCACAGUGCCUAUCCCCAGCCACCACCACAGCCAGCCCUAGGAACCGUGGGCAUCGAUCCUGGCCAAGGAUCCUAUGAUCCGGUUGCACUCGGUGCACCAGUGCCGCAGCCGGCUCCGGCGUACACUGGCUCGGUGGACUUCCAAGCCGAGCCAUGGGGUGCCGGCCCGGCCGCCGUCUUGGAACUGCUAUGA